UCGUGAGACAGAGAGUUCAAGCAGAGGAGCACAGACCACAGCAUUCAGUCGAUCACAUUCAGCCACUUCCAAUCUGCUUUCACACCUGGUUUAUAACAUCUUCUGACUUGGAAGAAGUGCUCAGAAUUAGUCGAAUCAGCAGUUCAACAAAGCAUCAUCCCGUUGGUGUUGGCAGUGUUAAUGGUGUCUUUCAGUCCAGAUGAUGCAAGUAAUGUUGUAAAGGAGUGCAUUGAGGGGAUCGUUGGAGGCGUGGACUACAGCCAGAACAAAGUCAACCAGUGGACAGCCAGCAUAGUCGAACACACUCUCACUCAGUUAGUCAAACAGGGGAAACCGUUUAAGUACAUUGUCAACUGUGCUGUGAUGCAGAAAAGCGGCGCAGGUCUUCACACAGCCAACUCUUGUUACUGGGACACUACCACUGAUGGAAGUUGCACAGUCCGGUGGGAGAACCGAACCAUGUACUGUGUUGUCAGUGUGUUUGCAGUGGCUAUUGCGCUAUAAAACAGGAAUCAGGGCUGAGACAUUCACAGAUAAAAACUCUGCUUCAACACUGGCUUUAAAACCAUGUUGUCAUGUUUUGCCUAAUCUACAAAGUUUAAACUGUAUUGCAAAUGCUUAGCUACCAUAUUGUAUGUUAAUUUGCCUUUGUUCUGUUUUUUUUUACUUGCGAAGGCUACGUGCACCUUUGUUCUGUACAGGAUGAAAUGCAAAUAUGUUGAUGCCUAAUUAUUAAAGUUGUCCGAUUUGGGUUUAUCAGUCCAAAAUAAAUUUAUAUGCAUGUCUUCAUA